UCUUUAUACCUAUUAUUGAACUUGUUUUCUAAAAUAUAAUUGAACUUGUUAACCUCUUUAUCUAUACAUUGAUAAACUCUACUCAUAAUCACAAAAUAAUUUUGAUUUUUUUUCUAUUAACAUGUUGAUCCUUUUCAACAAAGAAAAAUUAAAGAAUGAAAUGAAGUAAAUAUACAAAGAAACUCAGAUACCCAAAACUAUUUAAAAUGGAUCAAAUAAAAAAGAUAAAGCAACAGUACAUAAGAAACCUAGUUUGAGAACAAUGUCUAGACUCAGAAAGUUAUUGAUGGAUAACUUACUCAUAAUAUUUUCAUUUGUGUGUUUCUUGUGUUGCAAGCAGCUUUGGACCUAAUCAAGAACGAGAAAGUGAGCGCCAUCAUCGGACCACGAAGCUCUCUGCAAGCCGAGUUUAUGAUUAGACUGGCCAACAAAUCUCAAGUACCUGUCAUCACAUUCUCGGCAACAAGCCCUCUUUUGACAUCUACCAAGACCCCUUACUUCGUCCGAGCCACUCUUAAUGACUUAUCACAGGUCAGAGCCAUUGCGGCCAUUGUCAAAUCCUUUGAAUGGAGAAGUGUUGUCGCAAUUUAUGUGGACAACGAAUUCGGAGAAGGAAUCAUGCCAUACUUGGCUGACGCUUUACAAGAUGUGCAUACUUGUAUAACGAUUAGAAGUGUGAUCUCACUGGAGGCUAGCAAUGAUCAGAUUACAAACCAGCUUUACAAGCUCAUGACAAUGCAGACAAGGGUGUUUGUUGCCCACAUGCCACCAAAUCUUGGGUUUCGGGUUAUUCAGAAAGCUAGAGAUAUUGGGAUGAUGGGGGAAGGGUACGUAUGGAUAUUUACAGAUGGAAUGACGAAUUGGAUUAGCUCUACCGAACACGUUAGCAGCUUGGAGAAAUAUAAAUGUUGUAUGUUCAUCCACUUCCAUAUUAAAAAAGCGAUCUCUAUAAUAAGAUUAUAUAGCUCUAUCUUUCGAUGUGUGUUUUCUAAAAAAAAUCAUUAAUAAAUGAGACAGAUGUUCGACGCAGCUGUGGGAGAUAUAACCAUCAGAGCAAAUAGGUUUUUGUCUGUUGAUUUCACGUUACCAUACACAGAGUCUGGUGUGUUUAUGUUGGUACCAAUGAAGGACAUUGAAAACAAUACAUGGUUUUUUCUUCAACCAUGGAGCUUAGACCUAUGGGUCACUACCGUUUGCUUCUUCAUAUUCAUUGGGUUUAUUGUGUGGAUUUUAGAACACAGAGUCAACACCGACUUUCGUGGACCGCCUCACCACCAGAUCGGCACUAGUUUCUGGUUCUCCUUCUCCACUAUUAAUUUUGCCCACCGAGAGAAGGUAGUGAGCAAUUUAGCAAGGUUUGUGGUGAUCGUCUGGUGCUUUGUGGUGCUAGUGCUGACUCAGAGUUACACAGCAAACCUCACAUCUUUCCUUACAGUACAACGGCUUAAACCAGAAGUCACCACUGUGAAUGAACUUAUAAAAAACGAGGAGAUUGUAGGAUACCAAAACGGUUCUUUCGUGCUUAAAUUUUUGAUAAAGAAAGGAUUUCAAGUUUCUAAACUCAAGGCUUAUAAUUCUGCUGAAGAAUGCCACACGCUUUUGAUCACUGGGACAUCGAAAGGAGGUAUUGCAGCAGCUUUCGAUGAGGUGGCUUACCUUAAAGUUAUAAUUUCUCAGUAUUGCAACAAAUAUGCAAUUGUUGAACCUUCUUUUAAGAGUUCUGGUUUUGGCUUUGUAUUCCCCAAGAAUUCACCUUUGACGGAUGAUGUCUCGAGGGCUAUCUUGGAAGUGAUUGAAAACGAUGAAAUGCAACAAAUCGAGAAUAAAUGGUUCUCCAAAAAGAGUAACUGUUCUGAUCCAACACUCAUUCCUUCACACAACCGGCUUAGCGUCAGUAGCUUUUGGGGUCUAUUUCUAAUAGUAGGUGUUACUUCGCUCUUGGCUCUUCUCGUCUUUGUGGCCUUUUUCUUUUAUGAACAUAGGCACACGUUUUAUGAGGACUCCGAAAUUUCUUUCUGGAGAAAGCUAACGAUUUUGGUUAGAAGCUUUGACGAAAAAGACAUAAAAUCCCACAUGUUCAAGGAUAGUGCGGUUCAUAAUGUGAGUUUACCUAGUACUCAAUGCACCCCAAGAUCUUCAACAGUGCAGAACAUACCAUGGCCACAAAAUCCGUCAGAGAACAUGGAGUUUGAGCUAAGAAGAGUGUCUCUCGUUCCGAGUGAAGGAUUUUUCACUCCACAACUAGAACAAGAUGAAGAUGAGGAAGCUAAUACUUUACGUGAAGUAGAAUGAGGAAGAAAGUUUGUUGAAGCAAGAGAUUCAGGAAGAAAGUUUGAACUGACGAUCCAACACAUUUAGAAACGUACUAUUUUCAAUUUAUAUAUAAAAAGCUUGACUUAGAUACGGAACCAAGAAGACACAAAUGCACAGUACCAUUAUUUACAUUCAAAUAAGCGUAUAUAUGUUUACAAAAUAGUCAUUCAAAAAAUGUAUAUAUAUUUACAAAAUAAUCGUAUCAUAAUAAUUACUUAGUGUUUAACUUGCUUU